CAGCAACAGUUUAAAAAACAUGUCUUAUGUGACCUUUCACAGCUUUUUAGAUUAUAAAAACACUUCUAAAUUAUUUUUAUAUGCUUUACACAUUUAGCUCUCUCAUUGAAGUGAAUAAAAUAUUUACAUCUCAUCUGCUUGAUGUAGAAUAACAAUCAGCAGGGGGCACCAGCUGAACACAGUUUUGGCUAUGAUGCAACCCAGGGGAAAUAACAAGUUGGGGAUUUUUACUCUUUAUAACAUUUCCAGAAGUGUGACAUAUCAGUUUCCUGAAGGCUGGUUCAAGUAGUUACAAGACAACACUCUGAAUAAGAUAUUGUUUACAUGCUCACAUACUUCAACGGAUACUCAUAAUGUAACUACUGUAAAUAUUUCUGUUGUCUUGAUUUCAAACAUCACCUUCUAGCAACAUAUGCAUAAUUUUGAGAAAUGUCCCAUUUGAAAUUAUUGCCAUCAAGCUGACAAUUGUUGGGAAACAGACCGACAUUUUACUGUUACUUUACUGAAAUUUGUUUCCACAGCCUGUACAUACGCAUCUGCAUCAUGUGAUGGUUCUGUUGUGCAAGACUUUAAGAAUAGCUUCUCCCUCAUGUUUACGGUACUUUGUGUUCAUCUGCCAAGGAUGCUGACAUACAGUAUGUCAUAAAACACUUGGUCAACUAUUGAUUAGAAUCAACGUGGAAAAUUCCGUGUUUGAAUCUAAAUGCUCGCAUUUUACUGUUUUAAAAAGGUUUAAAUAAAGCUGUUUUAAAUUAUGAAUCAUUUCUUUAGAUACCCAUGAAGAAGUUAGACAUUUUUACAAAAUGAAUUGGUACAUUCUGUGUGUUACACUUUCAAUUGACUAAGUUAAGACAACCAUCUUUCCAUUGUUGCUAAAAUAACAUUUUCAUCUAAAUAACCACUGUACUUGCCAUAAACACAAGGCUCUAAAUUAGAAAAAUAACACAAAGUGGGCAUCACAAAUGGCUAGAGCCCAAGUGAUGACUUAGUUUUUCACAAAGAAAAACAAUUAAAUCUUCAUAUUUGAAAAGCAUUUACAAGGAAACGGUCGGUAUAGAAAGACUUAAUGUAAUCAGUGAUUCUGUGAAACAGAAAAUAAUCAUCAACAUUGCCAUUUAAUGUAGUUUGUUGAUUUCAAUGUAGACAUUAAUGUCAAAAGUAUAUGAAGAAAAAUCUAAAAGAUAAAAAGUUACAGUUGGUGUAAAAGUUACAGUAUUUUUCUGUAGUAAACAAAACAGGACAUAGCAAACUACGUAUAUGACAACAAAUCAAAAGAGAUAAACUAGUCAAAACAACUGAGACACGGGAUGUUGACACGGACUUGUUUACCAUUUAGAUUGAGCUCCCUCUCUCAGACGGAGCUCCUCUGAGCCAGUCACAUGGACCCUGGUCUCUGCCCAUUCUGCCACUUCUGUCACUGUUAGAGGGGACACAGUGCCCACUGGGACAUGUGACACAUGCUCUGGGUAGGAGGGGGGGCAUUUCUGUGAAAAGAUCCGAAGGCAGCAAGCAGGCAGGAAUGUGUGCUCUGGAUGGUGGAAAGGAUCGGAUGUCAUCAGCUGUGAGGGGCUGGUAUAAAGGACAGAGCUGCUAGCUCUCAACCAGAAUAGAUAUCGGCAUUUCACAAGUGACAGUGCACACUAAGGAUAAGAUCAUAGAGCCUUUAUUUUAGUUACAUUUUGAAACCAACAGAGAGCAAGUGAAGCUCUUAGUUUGUGUAGCUGUAAGCUGAACUUUUCCAUUAUGGACGUCCAGAGGACAGGAUCUAUGGUUCGGCCCCCGAGCCCCAUGGAUAGCCUCGAGAAGCAGCUGAGCUGCCCCAUCUGCCUAGACAUGUUCACCAAGCCUGUGGUCAUCCUGCCCUGCCAGCACAACUUGUGCCGUAGUUGUGCCAGCGACCUCUACGACUCGCGCAACCCAUACCGCUUUUCUGGUGGGGUCUUUCGCUGUCCUACCUGCCGGUUUGAGGUUGUGCUUGACCGCCAUGGUGUGCAUGGGCUCCAGCGUAACCUGUUGGUAGAAAAUAUUAUUGACAUCUAUAAGCAGCAGCAAGAAGGCAGUGGCAGUGGAAACACAGAAACCACCCUGAAGCCUAAAGAAUCCAAAGAACCGAUGUGCCAAGAACAUGAGGAUGAGAAAAUCAACAUCUAUUGCGUGACCUGUCAGGUACCCACCUGCUCCAUGUGCAAAGUGUUUGGCCAGCAUAAGGACUGUGAGGUGGCACCUUUAGCAAGUGUUUACCAGGCCCAGAAGGGUGAACUGAGUAAUGCUAUUGAUACCCUGGUGGCCAGCAAUGGACGCCUUCAGGCCCUGCUCAACCAGAUGGAAGAUGCCUGCCGUGCUGUGCAAGAGAAUGCUCAGCAUGCUAAGCAAGGGCUAGCUGAACGCUUUGACCUGUUAUAUGCUGUACUGGAAGAGCGCAAGACCAUUCUACUAGAGCAGAUUGGUAAAGAGCAAGAUGAAAAGGUGGCAGCUUUGCGGGCUCUGGCUCAGCGUUAUGGGGAACGACUGCAGGCUAGCACAGAGCUCACAGAUACAGCUGUGAGGGCACUGGAGCAGGGUAGCGCUGCCGAGUUUCUGGUAGCCUCCAAGGGCCUUAUCACCCAGACCAAAGAUGCAGCUAAAUGCUCACUGGGGGAAGAGAGGCCAGAGCCCGGCUUCGAGAAGAUGGACCACUUCACUUUGUCGACAGAGCAUGUUGAAGCAGUCCUGGCAAAAAUGGACUUUGGAGUGGUUGAUGAUGAUGAUUUUGAGGAUGCAGAGGAGGAGGAAGAGGAGGAGGAAUAAUGACAAUGGAAGUGGUUAUGGACUAGUAGGAAAUGCUGUAAUUUGUGCUUUUGAAAGUUUUUUUUUUUUGACACGUGUUUAUGGCAGGGACUCUGCAUUUGAUGUUGAAAGAAAUAUAAGGUAAUGGGCAUAAAUGGCUUGCCCUUUCAGUGCAAUAUUUAAUUUCAAUGUCGUAUUCGUACAUUUUCUUAACUUCUUUUUAUACUUUUGUACUUCUGAACCAGUUAAAUGGAAAGAUAGGUCUAGAUAAAUGUAAAUGUCUGAAGACUGAUCACACUUCAUUUUCCUCAUAUGUAGGUUAGGGAAGUAGGUAGUUGUUUUUUCUCACUUUGUCUAACUGUGUGUUUAAUUGGUGACCAGCUGAUCUGCCUGUAAUCACCAAAUCUGUCUUUAAUGGAAUGUGGAAUAAAGCUGCAUGAAGUUAAGCAUAUAUUUGCUUUAUUACUAAAAACAACAUGAGGUUUAAUUUAAGGGAGUAAACAAAGGAAGAAAACAUAUGAAGAUAUUAUUUUGGUCAUAAACACAUAUCCCCAGUCUGUUGCUGCUCUUACUUGGCAAUUGGCUGUAUUUAAAAAUAAAAGCCCUUGCCA